ACUUACCAGCAUCCCACACGAGUCGCGAGCAUUGCAUGCACGAAGCCUUCGACCAGCAAUGUCGUCGUCGGCGGCGGCGGACCUCCCGUGGCAGGCGCGCGGCAGCCGUGUCUUCGACGUCGGGCAGGGCAGCGCGCUGGUGCUCGUGUCGUACCCGGUGCUGCUGCUCCUCGUCCUCCUCUCCGCGUUCGUCAGGUACGUGUGGAUCGCGCUCGCGCUCUACUGCGCGAUCCUGUUCGUGCUCUCCUGCACUGGCCGCUUGCUCGCCGGUCCGGAGGUGCUCGUGCACGACGAGGCCACGGCGGCCAUCGAGCGGGGCGGCCUACCGCAGGCGUCCAUUGCGGCCAUCCCGGCGUUCGUGUACACUGCCGCUGCUUCGGCUGGUGCCGGCGACGGCGAUGCCCAGUGCGCGGUGUGCCUGGAGGCUCUGUCCGGCGGGGAGAAGGCGCGGCGGCUGCCGGUGUGCGCGCACACGUUCCACGUCGGGUGCAUCGACAUGUGGUUCCACUCGCAUGCGACGUGCCCGGUCUGCCGGUGCCAUGUCGAGCCGCAGAAGAGCGGCAAGAUGGCGCCGUUGCCGGCAGAGCCGCCUUUGCCGCCGGUGUAGUUGUUGCUGGCUGCACCAGGACAUAAGAUUGUACAGAUUUACAGUAGAUUUGAGGUGCCUCACUGCCUCAGUAUCGUCGUCUUGGUACUCUGCUGACAAUCGAAUGCCGUGUGCUCCGUACUCCCUGUGUCCAAAAAUACAGUGCUUAUUAGACUUUUUUAAAGUCAAAACUUUGUAAAUUCUGGUCAAGAUUAUUAAAAACAUCAAGAUUUAGAA